AUGUCCAACGAUCAGUAUUCGGACGAGUACUAUAACCUAGAAAGGGAUUUUCUCUUGCCUUCGAGGACACCCCCACUGGAAGAGAAACGUCCGAAUCUGAGACCGGAGGAAAGUCCUCGACCGCUUGUCGCUUACUACCCAUCGUCCGACACGUCUGAAGAGGAGUCUUCGAACUCGCAAAACGCUCAGUCUUCGAGGAGCAGGACACGUCGAAAGGGUCGAACUACCCCAAUCCUGGGCGAUGGUGUAUUGAUACGUUCUUUAGACCCUAACCAGGUCGACGUCGCGAACAAUGCAGAGAGAUAUGCCUUGGCUUCCGCAAGCCAGUCAGAGACAGACGAGGAGGAGGCCAGGACUGUGGCGAGACAAGAAACCAUAAGAUCGGACAACACUAUACGCCCGGCCUUACAAGAUACAACCAACUCCGUUGUAUCGAACAACAUCCUUGUUACGGCGAAGGACGUCAGGCUUGAUGAUUAUGACGACUUUCCUAUGAUCGAUGGGUCGCCUGCGAGCUUGACGGACGAAAGACCAGUCUACUCGCCAUGUGUUAUACCUCAGCAUCUGGCCGAUGGCAUCUCCUCUUCUUCGGGUCGCUACGUCGAUCUCCCUCCACAACAAGAGAUGUUGAAACAAGCAUGGGAUGUCCGGCCUCCUCCCAAGAUUAGCCCGCGUCUGCAGCUGGUUCCCGAGGCUGCACGAGGAGACAGGGACUCGAUCGUUACGUCGCCAACGUUGGGAAGAUACACCAUCUCACCUCAGGAUGUCAAUCCAGAUGUGAUACUCCCUGCGAUGCAAAAGUCUCCAUUGUUGUCGUCUCCUUCAGGGUCACCUCAACCGAAAAUGACGCUACCGUCGAUACGGACAACAAUAGGUAAUAUCUCUGUAUCCAGUCCCGUCGGGUUUGCGGGGCUGUCUCCCACCGGGCUCCAACCAUCGCCUGGUCAUCUACAGCAAUAUCGACCGUCAUCAUCGUUCCCGUCCCCCCAGUCUAUUAUGUCUCCACCUGGCCCUCCUACCCAUUUCAGCUUUAGAACGGCAACUCGGGAUAGCUCCAGCUCCGUAAACUCCGAAAUGACAUCGGCAACGACCAUAACUGUUUCGACACCAGUCACAAUAGAUUCCAGGGAGUCCGCAGCUAUCUCAAGCUUUCAUACUGCAGGGAAAGUCCAAGAGCAAGGACAAGCAAAAGGAAGCUCAAGUGGAGAUACAAUUUUGGAGGCUGCACCUGGGACGAAAGAGGCAGAGCAUUCAGGUCAUGGACCCAAGACCCCUGACGCUGAGUAUCGCCUCGAUCUUGAGCCAACUUUGAACGACAACGCAGCACAAUCGAGCCGUGUUUCAGUUGGUACAUACAAAUGCACGUUUCAAGGCUGCGUUGCUGCUCCAUUCCAAACACAUUAUCUGCUCAACAGUCACAUGAACGUUCAUUCUGACACCAGGGCUCACUUCUGCCCAGUGAAGGGCUGUCGUCGUGGUCUUGGUGGACAAGGCUUUAAGAGAAAGAACGAAAUGAUCAGGCACGGUUUGGUCCAUACGUCGCCGGGUUACGGCUGCCCGUUCUGUCCUGACCAGCAGCACCGAUACCCCCGGCCGGACAACCUGCAGCGGCAUGUUCGAGUCCAUCAUAAGGAUCGAAGCCCUAAUGAUCCUGAACUACGUGAAGUCCUCAACCAACGCCCUGAAUCCAGGAACCAAGGCGGGAAGCGCCGAAUGCGCUCUUGA